AUGAUGUCAGGAGACGCUCAAUACCCAUUGGAGGACUUCUGGUGGUCCAUGGAGCGCCGCGCCGCCGACAUAUGCACAUAUUUUGUGCCCUUCAACAAGGCCGCCCUGAUAGUUCGAGGGCUAAACUCUGAGCUGAGUCUCACCCGAGCCGGCGUGGGUCACAUUCGGCUCAAGUCCGGGCGUAUGCCACCGGAGUCGGAGUUUAUGUGGAAGCUACAGAACACAUUGCAUAAUAACAACAAAUCGGAAUGGGAACAACUGCCGCGUCUGGCCUUGCUCGUUCUGACGGGCAACUACGGUCCCGAACGCCGCGACGUGACUGGAUUUCCCCGCUGGUGGCUUGACCAUCCGCGUCUGCUGCCCUUCGGCUACCGCGCCCAGCCGUUCGAUCUCCCGUCGUGGGUUAUAACGAACGCAGUCAAGAUGAUCACGUCCUCUGUGGUGGAACAUCGCGCGGAUGUGAAAGCUUUUGCGGCAGACGUGAAGUCCGUUGCGGAGGGACUUGGGCGAUUGCAGCUUUCGACCCUCGAGCGGGGACGAGCAAUUGACGUCGGACACGAGGACAGUGAGGAAGUAUUCCUCUUAUUGCACAACGCCCGCCAGGAAGCUGCUACAUCUGUGCAGAGGCAGCAUGAGGAUGCUGAAGGCCGAGGCCAUGCAGCCGUGCCUUUCCUGGCUGAAGUACCAGAGUAUUCACGCUCCUAA